GGGUGGGGGGAUUGGCUGCAGCUCUCCGCGAUCACUCAGCACCUUCCUUCACUGCACACACCGGCUCUUGCUGACGUCACAGAUGCAUCAGGCUGCGCCCGCAACUGCUGCCGCAGACUUGUUUCAUGGUGCAGUAGAGGUGCCUAUGUACUCCUGACGUACCAAUUUAAGAGGAAACGAGCGAACUGCAAACGACAGCGAACACAAAAUCAUUUUCUACGUCUUAUUAUGUAGAUCUGGAUGCACUGAAAUUUCCUAGGGGACAGUUUUAAGCUUCGAUAGGCGUUCCCUGUUCAGAGAACGUCUGCUUCGCUAUGGAUUCAUCUUAAAAUUACAAAAUAAAAAAAUCAAAAGAGUUGAAAUAAAAAGAAAAAAAAAAACUAAUUAACCAGGAGCACAGGAGACUUGUUAGUCUGUAAUUAACCCUUACGAUGCGCUUUGAGCAAUGCCGCUCCCGAGAGUGACAAGACAACAGAAGUGUUUUGCUACCGCUAAUGCAAACUCAUGGGAAUUUGGCCAUCCCUCCCAUUUUCCUUCUUGCUUGAUUCCUUUUUGUAAUUCCUCUUGAUGCGCCGAAAACGUCCUGCCUCGAUGGUAUAAAAGAGAGAGAGAGAGGAAAAAGGAGGAUGUCCAGCCCCGAGAAAUUUGUCUCAUCACGCCCCCAAGCCCCCCUGGCUGCGGGAAAGCAACACAGAUGCAGGAACAGCAUCAACAUAUACAGCACUUUGUCAGUGGAAGGCGCCUGGGCAGGCAGCUCGCCUCUCCUAGCAGCAACACCCAGCGGUAACAGCCGCGGAAGAAGCUCCGUCAUCGCAAGAUCUAACGCUGCUUCUUGCUUCUCCCCGUCUCCCUCUCCCUUCAGCAACAAAGCCGGCGGAGUGCAAGUCGGGAGCGGCGAAACGGCAUUGGGCUGCAACCCCGCAAGCGCACGGCUCCUUUCGCCAGCACCGGCCCCCGCUCAUCCCAUUCAAGGAUUUGUGCUGCACGAGCCUUAUCGACUUUUCAACUCCUUUCAACCGUCGUCCUGGUCUAAUCAUUUCCUAAACAGUCGGAGUACCCUAAGCAGGAAUUCGCACAGGGGUUCAUUUUUUUCCCUGUAUUCUUCAACACCUUUCCAUUUCGAGUCAGACAUGGAAGAUGGACCUUCCACGAGCUGCUUCAGGAGGUUUACCGACUGCUUUCUGGGCACAAGUCUGACAGACGAAAAAGUAAAGGCCUACCUUUCCCUUCAUCCCCAGGUAUUAGAUGACUUUGUGUCUGAAAGUGUCAGUGCUGAAACAGUGGACAGAUGGCUUAAGAGAAAAAACAGCAUACAUGAAGAUGAUUCUGCCACAAAGGAAGUCAGCAGGUACCAGGACCCAAACAUACAAGGUGUUGUUUAUGAAUUAAACAGCUAUAUGGAGCAGAGGCUGGACACAGGAGGCGACAACAAACUACUCCUCUAUGAGUUGUGUAACAUCAUCAAAACAGCUACUAAAGCUGAUAGUUUUGCACUUUACUCUCUGGGAGACUGCAACAACAGUUUAUGCUUGUUUACACCCACGGGAGCAAAAGAAGGGCUGCCUAAGCUUAUUCCUUCUGGUCCAAUAGCAUAUGGCACUACAAUCGCAGCAUAUGUAGCCAAGACCAGGAAAACACUGCUGGUAGAAGACAUACUGGGGGAUGAAAGGUUUCCCAAAGGCACUGGGCUGGACUCAGGGACUCGUAUCCAGUCAGUUCUUUGUUUACCGAUCCUAACUGCUAUUGGAGAUCUUAUUGGGAUUUUAGAGUUGCAUCGGAACUGGGGAAAAGAUCCCUUCAAUCUCAAUAAUCAGGAGGUUGCAACUGCAAAUAUAGCAUGGGCCUCUGUAGCAAUACAUCAAGUCCAGGUCUGCCGGGGGCUUGCCAAGCAAACCGAACUAAAUGACUUCCUGCUUGAUGUCUCUAAAACCUACUUUGAUAACAUAGUUGCAAUAGAUUCUCUACUUGAACAUAUUAUGAUAUAUGCAAAAAACCUUGUGAAUGCAGAUCGCUGUGCACUGUUCCAGGUUGAUCAAAGCAACAAGGAAUUAUAUUCUGACUUGUUUGAUAUUGGAGAGGAAAACGAAGGAAAGCCAGUGUUUAGGAAGACGAAAGAAAUACGGUUUUCGAUAGAGAAAGGGAUUGCUGGACAAGUGGCACGAACAGGUGAAGUUCUGAACAUUCCUGAUGCCUAUGCAGACCCACGCUUUAACAGAGAGGUGGACCUCUAUACAGGCUACACCACCCGGAAUAUUUUGUGCAUGCCUAUUGUCAGCCGAGGAACAGUAAUAGGAGUGGUGCAGAUGGUAAACAAAUUAAAUGGAAGUGCCUUCACUAAAACAGAUGAAAACAACUUUAAAAUGUUUGCAGUCUUUUGUGCUUUGGCCUUACACUGUGCUAAUAUGUACCACAGAAUCCGUCACUCUGAAUGCAUUUAUCGGGUGACGAUGGAAAAGCUGUCCUAUCACAGCAUUUGUACGUCAGAGGAAUGGAAGAGUCUUACCAAAGUGACGCUUCCUACCCCGAUGUAUAAGGAAAUUGAACUGUUUCACUUUGAUUUAAGCCCGUUUGAGGACCUUUGGCCGGGUAUUUUUGUCUACAUGGUGCAUAAUUCCUGUGGUAAAAGCAGCUUUGAACUCGAGAAGCUCUGCCGAUUUACUAUGUCCGUGAGAAAAAACUACCGGCGUGUUCCCUACCAUAAUUGGAAGCAUGCAGUUACGGUGGCACAUUGCAUGUAUGCAAUUCUGCAGAGACACCAGGAUCUUUUUACUGAGCUGGAGAAGAAAGGUCUUCUGGUAGCAUGUCUGUGUCAUGAUUUGGACCACCGGGGCUACAGUAACAGUUACCUGCAGAAGUUUGAUCACCCUCUGGCUGCUCUGUACUCCACAUCCACAAUGGAGCAGCACCAUUUUUCUCAGACUGUCUCAAUACUACAGCUGGAAGGGCACAAUAUUUUCUCCAACCUGACAUCCAGCGAGUAUGAACAGGUGCUCGAGAUCAUUCGAAAGGCCAUUAUUGCCACUGAUUUGGCACUGUACUUUGGUAACAGGAAGCAGUUGGUAGAGCUGUCAACAUCAGGAGUAUUGGAUCUGAACAACCACUCACACAGAGACCGGGUGAUUGGCCUGAUGAUGACCGCCUGUGAUUUGUGUUCCGUCACAAAGUUGUGGCCUGUUACCAGACUGACGGCAAAUGACAUAUAUGCAGAAUUUUGGGCUGAGGGUGAUGAAAUGAAAAAGAUAGGCAUGCAGCCCAUCCCUAUGAUGGACCGGGACAAGAAGGAUGAAGUUCCCCAGGGACAGGUGGGAUUCUAUAAUGCAGUGGCCAUCCCCUGUUACACGACACUAUCAGAACUGUUUCCUGCAGCCAGUCCCCUAUUGCAAGCUUGCAGGGAUAACCUCAGUCAGUGGGAGAGAUUGGUUCGAGGGGAGGACACCUCUGUGUGGAUUCCAUCCCAGUCUGUCACUGCUGACUCUCCAGAGACCGUUCCUGUGAAAAUAGAUAAUUAAAACGGAAGAUGACAGCCAGAGUAUGACAAGUUCCAAAACGGGGGACUCCCUCAGUUCCUGCUUUAGUUCCAAAUAGCGAACGCAGCAGACAGAACACUGAUGAGCAAGGUGAAAUAACACUCCAAGUUACCUCAUUGGGUGAUGGAAGCCUUUGAACUGAAGGCAUCACCAGGAAGAGCAACUUUAGGAACUGUGAAGAAGUAAAACGGAACUCAUAAUCGGAUUCUGCCAUGUUCAGUUAUGGUAGUUUGAAGAGAGGUUUGGAUUUUCUUUUGUUUUUUGUUUUUUUUUACCUUUUUUUGUCUGGUCUGCAUUUGCUGAGGCCUUAAUUUCAAACUCUGACCAAGACAGGUACUUUUAUGUCUUGCUUCUUGCCGUCUAGGGGAUUUACUUAUGGUAUCUGGAGGAUACUUUUUUUCCACGCUGCUGUUGGCUGGACACUAGCAGUGCAAGCGAGACAGACAAUGAAGCCAGAAAGAUGACAAGAUGACGCACUUAAAACAGUGCCAAGGUUACUGUAUCUGUAAUCUAUGAAAGAGAGAUGGUAGAGGGAAAACUUUACUUGAAUAAAACACAGCCUAUUAUUGUUAGGGGGGUGAAUAAGUGUCUGGGAAUGAGGGAAUGAAAUCCGCACUGCAGAUGGACAGGACAGAACUGCUAGGCCUGUUGCAUCCUUACUUGCUGGGAAUGAGUACAACGCUGAGGGCUGCUUUACAUCAUUAAGGUGUGCUUUUUAUGUUUAUCAGCCAAACAAGUAGUCGGCAUAUAUCAGUACGAAGUAGUCAUGUUCACAGGAGCUGAAGCGGCUCCAUGGAAGUUCCCUAGUGUGAUCCAGCCAUUGUUUUUGGGUGCGGGAUUGCUAUCUCUCAGCCCGAUUAGCAUACCCUUGGGUUUAGUCCUGUACUUCCAAUGGUCGCUCCACAUAUUGUAUGGAGAGGCUUUGGAAAGAGGGCUCUGUGCUUCCCACAUCUGGGAGUUUGACUGCAGACGGUGGGAAAAGUGGACAGGAGGGAGCAGGUGCUUCCGCAGUGCUAUGCGCAAUAUUAGUCUCGGAGGUAAUAAACUUUUUAAAUACCACUUGAGUUAAAUUUGAAAAGAAAAUUUUCCAAAACCGAGCAAUGGAACAAUGCCCCUCACAUGUCAAGUGUCCUAAUGGAGUAGGUUGGCUGAGAAAUUGAAGGGCUAUAUUUUUGGUAUCUUCUCAUGAGGUGAACUAAAUUUUGGCAGGAAUUUUUUUUUUUUUUUUUUUCGGUACGGAUGCCAAACUUGGUGAAGUGGGUGGGGGUGGUUUAGAAUGCACUAUUCUGACAUUGAUGAAACUAUGCAUAAGCAAUUUAUUAUAAAAUAGAUUGCUUUUUAUGGCAUCUACUGAGAUUUGUCAUUACCUACUUUUGCACAUACCAAAACGAAUCACGCUGGAGUACAGGCUGAACUCGUUCAGGUUUUGUUUGCCUUUUUUGAAUGAUCUUUGCAUGCAAGCAGUUGCUCAACAGUUUCACUCCAUUUGCAGAUCACAAAGCUCAAGGCAAUCUGGGAUUUUAAGCUACUGAUAGCCGUAGAGGGUAAAGAUUACACAUUGUUUACAACUGGUUUUAUCCAAGCCCUGAAUAAUCUAAUGUAAUAUUUUCUUUUUUGGUAGUUAAUUAGAUACCUAAUCCAAUUCUAUUUUUGAUAAGUUAUUUAUGAAAUAUUAUGCUUUCAAAAGGCUAGUUUCAAACUCCCCGUAAUGAAUAAAUUAUCACCCUACAGUUGUAUUAUAAAGACCAAUUUCUUCAUUUCUAUUAGUCCUGUCAUAUCUAAAUACAUAUUUUUGCACUGGUAUUUUAAGAACUGUGUUGGAGUUUUAAUGCUGUUAAGCCUCAGUAGAAAAUUGGUAGAGCUGCUGGUACAACAUGGUCUAAAUACAUUGGGGUGCUGAACGCAGGUGAAGGUGGUGACCACAGAGUCUGCAGUGGUAAUAAACCAGAGCAGCAUCAUAAAUGGAGUCCUGGCUUUGGACCCCGGCUCGGUGUCCUGUGUGGGUGCCACUCGCGUGUUCGCCUCAGUUCAGUCACAUCCCAGUGCCGUGUCAUAGGUGGCCUAGCGACUUUAGCAAAAUGUCUUAGUGACCGUCUGCCAUCUCUGCCAAUGUGGAUUCCUGCCUUGUGCCCAGUGCAGCUCUCACAAGUCUGUAUUGAAAAUGAAUAUAAUGAAUGACGUUCAUCUAAAACACUCUUUUAUA